GUUAACGAUGAAGAAAAUCUAGAGGCAGAUGAGGAAGAUGGAGAGGAAAUUAAUCAAAAGUCGAAGGUCUCUUCCAGGACCUACUUCUAUGACCAUCAACUCGGCGUGAUUAGGAGGGCCUUAAACAAGCGGUCAAUUGAGGAAUGGGAAGUUUACGUGAACUUUGAAUUGAGCUUCAAAUUAGGGUUUGGGUAUGAGGUUAAUGAAUUUAAGCUCGCCAUUGCAUCGGAUGAUUUGCCAGUAGAUGAGAAGAUGCGGAAGAAGUUGAGCGAAGUAAGGAACAUUGAGGAUGCACUUUUAUUGAAGGGGUCGCCAUUGAGGGAAGGUUGGGGAGACUGGUUUGAUAAGAAAAGCGACUUCUUGAGGAGGGAUCGCAUGUUUAGAUCAAAGGAUUGACUAGAGGGGAUAGGUUUGUUGUGAUCAAAGGAUUGAUGAAUGAGUUUAAAAAAAUUCCCAUUCUUGGUUGAAAAAACUCCACCGAUCUUAGGUUCAGAUAACUCCAGAUCAGCAGAAAAUGUCAUCCUGGGUACCCAUAGGCCAUAACAAGGUGAAUGUCGUGGAAGACACUAUUUCGAGCAUGAAAACCUUGGAAUCUGAUUCAGAACUAUUGAGAAUGAAAGGUGAUGUUUUGAGUAAGAUAAGGGAUAUUGAGUUUGGUGAAGGGGAAGUGAAAGCAUGAGAGUUGAAGGGAGGAGUUUAAAGGACAACAAUCACUUACAUAUUGAAAGAGUUGGUGACGAUGAAGCACAGAAACUGGCUCACGUUUCCUCGUUUGAAACUCCAAAUUCCAUUUCUGGGCUCUAUUGAAGAAUGGGGAAACCCGUUUUCCUAAAUAGUUGUGUUUCGGAAGCCUUGAGUUUCCUUUUUUCCUUUUUAAGAUAUUUUGUAAUGGAAAAUAGUGUCUUUUUUAAGAAAAUUUGGUGAACUUUCGUGGUAUUUCUUCGUAG